AGAACCACCCCCGACCCACCACAAACCACGCCCCCGUCCAACGCGCUCGCCGAGCUCUCGCUCGCGCACCGCCGUCUCAGCGCCAAGCUCGAUCUGACAGAACAGCAGCUCUCCGCGUCCGCGCUCGAGCUCGCGUCGACGCAGCAAGAGCUGCAGAAGGUGCAGAAGCGGGCGGACAGCGACCGCGCCGCGCUCGCCGAGCUCCGCCGCGUCGAAGAUGACCGCGAAGAAGAGCUCGAGUGGGAGCGGUCGGAGCGCAAGCGCGUCGAGGAGCAGAAGAAACUCUGCGAGCUCGCCCUCGCCGAGUACGCCGCGCUCGUGUCCAAGCUCGAUCGGCGGGCCGUGCCCCCGCCCCAGCCGCGCCGGCGGUCAAACGACAUCCUCCAGGACACCAAGCGCGCCUCAUCUCCCAUUGCUCCCGAAGUCAGCAACACCGCCGACUCCAUCUCCAACCUUCUAAUUGGGCAGCGUGGCGUGCACCGCCUAUUCCGCGACUUCUCUGCCACCCUCUUAGCCAAAGAGAAGGAGAUCCGCGAGCUGCAGAUGCGCGCCGACGAUCUGGAGAGCGACCUUAGCGUCGCGCGGGAACAGCUCAAGACUGAGACUGAGCAGCGCGUUGAGGCGAUGUCGGAGCGCGAUCGCGCGCUCCGCGACGACGCCAGCGCGGCCAAAGUCGUCGAGCGGUACAUGACCUUCUCGCAGAAGGCGCACGAAACUGUGCAUGCGCACCUGGGCCAGCUGCGCACGCGUGGGGCAGCGACGCAGGCGUCGCUGCGCACCGAGGCGACGAAUCUCCGCCGGCGGCUGCAGAGCGAAGCAGACCGCGCAUCCCGCCUGCGCGCCGCUGCGGAGGAGAUGGCCGAAGAACUGGGGAAGGAGUCGGCGGGGCGCCGGCGCGAAGUCGCGCUCCGCUUGCAGCUCAUCGCGGCGGACGAGGCGCGCGCCCGCCGCGCCGAGCAGUGGCUGGACCGCGUGCGCCGCGCGCGCGAGCCCGAAGCGAAGGAGGUGUUGAGCUCGCCCGUCCUCGGCGUGCUGCUGGAUGAAGGCGCGCAGAUUUUGGCGCCGACACCUGCCCCGGAGAAGGCUGGGUGGGGCCGCCGGCUGCUCGCGCGCAAAAAUGUGCCUAAGCCCGACCACAAGGCCGGCGCGGAGGACGAGUCGAUGGCGCGCGUGGUGCUGGCCGAGGAGCUGGUGCAGCAUCUCGUCCACGACCUCCAGGUCGAGACGGAGCGCCGCGUCGAGCUCGAAAAGCAGCGUGUUGAGUGGCUUGCGAAGGAGGCUGAGGACGGAGUGCCGCCCGAAGGCGGGCAGGGUGGCGGCUUGGUCUUCGAUGCGGACGAGGACAAGUCUGGCAAUGACGAGGUCGAGAACGACGUCGAAGCAGCAACGGAUAAGGCCAAGGAUGCUCCUGACGUGGAGACUAAGGACGAGACGAAGGUCAAGGCCGAUGCGCCGGCUGACCCGACUUCGUCCAAACCUUCUCCCUCCCCCACCCCCUCGCCCUCGCCCUCCAUGACACCGCCUCACAUCGACGAGCUCAGCGCCAUGUUCGACCCGCUCAUCGCGGCCUACACACCCCUGCAAAAGUCGCUGCACGACCAAGCCGUGUCGCUCGGCGCGCUCCGUGCCUCCCUUCCGGACCUCACGAGCGUCGCGGCGAAGAAGGGCCCGCUGCGCGCCCUCGCCCUCCGUCCCGCGCGCACGGCGCGCGACGACCUCCUCUCCCUCCUGGACGGGCUGCACGAAGUGAUCGAAGACGCGCGAGUCGACGCGGAAAUCGCGGUGGCCGACGAAGACCGCGUCUUCCACGGCUUCGCGGCGCUGCUGGGCGUCGGCGCAUCCGGCGUGGUCCAGGCGUCCUCGGUGCUCCGCGACGCGAGGGUGUACGUCGACGCGCGCGGCGCGACGACACCUGCGGAGGGGGGAGGAGGAGCGGGGCUAGAGACGCCGCUGUCGCGCUUGUCCGCGCGCGUCGGCGACGUCGAGCACGACCUCGCGCUCAUCAAGCGCACGCUGCACGAGGCGGAGGGGAUGGAU